AUGAGACACGAAGCUCUCUUCUCCCUUCUGUGGGCCAUUAUCUCGGCAGCCCUCACCUCGACAGCUCCUUCCCACUUUGGUCUCGAUAGUGACAACAACAUCGCUCUUGCGAAAAGAACCACUUCAAAAUUCGACGCUCGCGAAGCCGCAAACGACUUCAACUGCGUGACAUGGACCGACAGCCACGGAGAUCUGAAAUGCAACGAAUUCUCCAUCAUCCUCGGCCACCCCAACCUCGCCCAAAUCAUCACCAAAAACUACCUCUACAUCUACAUGCUCAACGUGACCAACGACUUUCUUUACACCCCCGUCGUCAACGCCACCGACAUCCUGGAAAUCAAGUCGGCGCUGAACUGCUACGGCGAUCAAUGGAAGUCCUUUUACUCAGUGCUGCCCUGGACGAUCGACAUGCAUGGCGGGAACGCGUGCAACGAGAACGCGUAUAAUGGCCCGUAUGAUAACACGUGGAUCAACUACGCGGGACAGCACUUGAAUGUGCCGGAUGAUGGGAGGUGUCGGUGGAUGGACAGGGUGGGGUUUAGGUGUGUUGUUGGUAGGUAGGUAGGUAGGUAAGGUAGGUAGGUAGGGAGGUCCGGUGGAUGAGUACAUGUAUGUACAUGGCUGGAGCGGAGGACCGGAGGGAAAGAAGAAGGGAGGAAAGAAAACAGGACUUGAUAAUGGGAAACAAAGGAAUAAAUAUCGGAAAGAGGAAAAUAUCUAGAUUUUGAGCAAUUGAAAACAACUGGGUCUCACUGGGACCGUUCGUUAGGUA